GUACACAAAUCUACUGCAGGCCUACCUUACCGCAGGAAACUCCCUCGGUAACUCCCAGGUAGGGGUGUGAACUAGGUGUGGUACAGGACAGAAAGCUGGGCGGGCAGCUGGAUUGCUCAGUCUGUCAGUCGGGUAAGAAAGACGCUGACAUUUUUUAGGACGUAUAACUGGAAAUUAAAAGUUGAACGUGGAUAGAGUUGGCGCAAAGAGGUUGACAUCUGCAACGGCUGGUAAAAGUGUGAACAGGACAAACAACAAAAAUGUCUUCCAGAAACUUGACACAGAUGUCAACUUAUUUUAAGACGGCGACGGUCCCCGAGAGUUUCCCCCGGGUGGAUAGCACGUCCCUGGCGCUGCCUUCGGACAAGACCAUGCUAUCAGGAGGUGCCCUCGGACAGCAGCGCGUAGCUGAGCAGGUUUAUAGUACGUUGAAGAGAAACAAGACAAUUCAGAGAACUGAAAGCAGCUCCACAAAAGAAAGCACAACACGGCAGAAUGGAUUCAAUUUCAAGAUGUCCCCCACAACGCCUACUGGAAGUGCUUUCUUUUCAAACAAUGUCAACGGAAACCAAUACAGCACUUACAGUUCGAAAAAACAGUUUUAUAACCAGCAUAGCCUGCCGGCUGUGAAAUACCACAAUAACAGCAUGGUCUCCUCAAAGAGACAGUUCAGCUCCAACAGCCAGAGGGAGAGCCAAUUCUCACCCACCAGCCCAAGUAAUGGCUUCCAGUCUUACAAGACCAUGACUACCAGUCGAAGCGAGCCUGAUAUACCACAGAUCAUCAAGUCGUCCACACUGCCCAACUACCAGAGCAAACGCCACAGCACGUACAGGGUCAAGAAUGGGUAUAUGACCAUGCCCUACUCUGUAAAUGGAAACCAAGUCCAAACUGCGGCCAACCAGUACAACUCCCAGCAGACAAUGGUAGACGGUGGCAUGGCAGCUUCGAGACUCACCCUUCGUGAGGCUGUGGAUUGCCUAGAGCAAAGAGAUGAGAACCUGCAGUACUGUGGAGCCUCUUUCAUCCAGCACGCCAGCUUCCAGGAGGACAAGACAAAGCAGGAGGUGUACUCUCUUGGUGGGAUUCCCAAACUCGUGGCCCUGCUCAGCAGCAGAAGCCCCCAGGUCCAGCAGGCAGCCUCCGGCGCGCUGCGCAACCUGGUCUUCAAAUACCAGACCAACAAGAUGGAAGUGAAGAGGAACAACGGCAUCUAUGAGGCUCUGAAGCUGAUGAGGCAAACCGACUGCCCGGAGACACAGAAACAACUCACAGGACUGCUGUGGAACCUGUCCUCGGCUGAUGAGCUCAAGCCAGAGCUGGUCAGAGACGCUCUCCCCAUCCUCACUGAGAAAGUGGUGGUGCCCUUCGCAGGCUGGUCAGAGCAAGGCAUCAAGCUCAACAACCGCCUGGACCCAGAGAUCUUUUACAAUGCCACAGGCUGCCUCAGAAACCUGAGCUCGGCAAACCAGAGUGACCGUGACGCCAUGCGCAACUGCCGGGGUCUGAUUGACUCUCUGGUUAGCUACGUCCAGACCUGUGUGAGUGCUGACCGUCCCGAUGAUAAGUCAGUGGAGAACUGCGUUUGCAUUCUACACAACCUGUCGUACCAGCUGGAGAAGGAGGCCCCUGCCCAGUUCAGCCAGAUCAGCGCCCUGGCCAGCUCCCCGACCCGGGACCUCGCCACCAACGACUCCUCGUCCAUGGGCUGCUUCAGCCCACGUAGCAGCCAGAUCCCCCAGGAGAACUCCAUUGCUCUCCCUGUCCCAGAGGACAGCAACCCCAGAGGGAUGGGCUUGCUGUUCAACUCCAAGACCAUGCAGACAUACCUGUCACUGAUGGGAAAGAGCAAGAAAGAUGCUACACUGGAGGCCUGUACAGGGGCGCUGCAGAACAUCACUGCCAACAACGGAAUAGUGUCCAACGUGAUGAGCCAGGCCAUCGUGCAGAAGCUCAACGGGCUACCAGAGGUAUCACGGCUCCUCAAGUCCAGUAACCCAGGCGUCCAGAAGACUGCCACGUCGCUGCUGGGGAACCUGUCCCGAAACCCCAGCCUGCAGAACGUCAUGAGUCGUCAGAUUCUCCCUGACAUCACGCAGGUCCUUACCAGCGGAGCACACAACGCGGCCGGCUCGGACGACAUGAUGGCCACAGCCUGCCACACCAUCCGCAACCUUGUGGUCUCCAACCCGGAGUCAGCCAAGGGAGUAAUGGGCAACAAUGUGUUGUCCACGCUCCGCGACCUCAGCAGAAACGGAUAUUCCCCGAAAUCCAGCAAAGCCGCUGCCAUCCUGCUGUAUGACCUCUGGGGACAGAAGGAGCUUCAGAGCUUCUUUAAAAAGCAAGGGGUGAACAAAAAUAUCUUUGUGAAUGACAUCACCAAUUCAGCUUAUAAAACCCUGCAGGGGGUGAUGUGAGGAGGCUAUGUGUGGGGAAACUGGCCAAACAGAUUAAGUCUUCCUAGGAAACAUGGUUUGAAUCUUACAACAGAAGACAUCCAUGUUUUAAUGAUACCAAUGAAUGUAUUGCAAUUACUUUUAAAACGGUGUUCUGGUAUGUACAUGUUUGUUUGCUUCAUGUUUAAAAAAAAAUAAUAAUUACAAAACAAACGUAUGUUCGGGGUUGGGGUGAUUUGUAUUGUCAAUUAAAUGUAUUGUUCCUUUUUUUUACAUUAGAUUAAAUGCUUUUUGUACUACAUGAUAUACAUUCUGCAACUGAAGUAUUGUUAGAGUUAAGAAAAAAGGUGGGUGGCUAGGUGGUGCAAUAGGUUAAAUUUACUAACCUGGGUUAAGUGAGUUUGUUGGUCUCAACUUCGCCCUUAAUGGGAAGUUCAAACCACAAAACCACCAUGCAAUUUGGCACAGUUGAGACCAAAGGCACUUGCAGUCUCUGUGCGAAUGGAGACUGAACUGCCCCCUCAUCUACUAAGAGAGUUGUCCAGGGCAGACAUGGGACAAUGUGGGGAGGCUCAGAUAGUCACUGCUUGUGCUAUCCCUGCUCCAUGGAGAAACAAGACAGUGUUCUCGCUGUCUGGUUCAACCGCACCACAGUUCAUGACAAAGAUUAUUACAAAUUAGCAUAUUAUUCUUUUUAUGGUAUUUGUACUCAUUUCUGUGUUCUGUUUUUCCCAUCCUUUAUAACUGACUGAUAAUUGGCAGAUUGUAUUUCUAGCUUUCUGUUUUAAAAUGUCUAGUUUUCUUGAUAAGUUUUUUUUUUCUUAAUUAAACAAGAUUGUUUUAAUUUGUAAUAUUGUUAUUUGGGGGGUUACAUACAGGGUUUUAUUGUCCCUAUAGAACAAGCUAAUUGUCCUGUGUAUUACCUUGAAUAAACAUCUCAAUGUGUCUGUUCUGAAUGAUUCUCUGCUGCAUUAAACAGCAUGAUGAUAAUGUGAUCAUUCAUAUAACUUGGUCAUUAACUGUGGUCAAAAAAUGUUUCAUGCACACUGACACUAUCACAAUUGCCACUGUACUGGUUAGGCAAAUAUUACUAAGGACAUGUUAGUACUGGUAACUACACAAUAUUAAUGUACCUGUAUUCUGAAGUGUAUACUUGUAAAAGCUAAGUAAUAACAGUUUUAAAACAUUCGGUGUUCUUGGGUGGCUAAACUACUCUUGCAAUGGGCUAGUUCAAAAACAGGGGUCUCUUAUACUCAGCUAACAAAAUCCAAACAUUGGUUUAUACAAGGCAAAAGCUUUUAUGGUGUUAAAGGAUGUUCAUUCAUAUGUAGCUGUUUGAAAUGAAAAUGCAUUGUUUGUGUCAUUUAUAAGUAACAGAUAUACGUGUUGAUGUCUUCAUUACGCUGAUGUGGUUAUGUAAAAAAACAAUUUGUCAAAAAAUGUUUAAGAAAAAAGGCAAUAAAAAAAUAAACACA